CCUUGAACAAGAUCCCCAAAGCAUAAUACCGUAAACCGUGUAGAAUGAAAACCCAGGAUAUUUAUUAAGAAAAAAUGAUAUUUAAUGUAGCCACUAUUUGCAACAAUUACAGCUUAGUAUUGGUCAGUCAUAUUGUGUAGUAGUAUAAAUGUAAUGAUUUGAAGCAAUUAUGCAAUUAACAAGAUAGCGGUUUUCAAAUGCUUCCUCGCAUCUGUCCUAAUGUAAACACCAUGCUCUGCUCUGCUUAAUUUCAAAAAUUUUAUUUUUUUUCCAAUCACAACACAUGUGGAAAUAUUUUCUUUCUUUUUCUUUACCAUGCCAGACAUUCAACCAUUAGUACAAGAUCAAAAGCAACAUUUGACUAGCUUAAAAGAAAGAUUAAUAAAAUACAAACUAAAGAACGAACUUGUUGUAAGUCAAACAAGAUCACUUGCAAACGACUUAUUGUUUUCUCAUAUAGACACAAAGAGAAGCAGAAGAAGAAGCCCGGUUAUUACAAAAAGAGCGACUGGAAGAACAAGAGCAGAGUCGUUUAGAAACAGAAAGAAAACAUUUAUUGGAAGAAUUACAACGAGUCUCAGCUCCUUUGCAACCAUCUUCUUAUAUGCUACCACCUCAACAACACUUUUUUAUACAGCAACAACAACACAACAGCAACAGCAACAGCAACAGCAACAGCAGCAGCAACAGCAACAGCAACAACUUUUUACUUCUCAUGCAUUUGGUUAUCCAACUAUCACUGAAAAAGAAGCCAUUGAUUGGCUGAAGAACGGAUUUUAACGAUAUACCCUCCCUUCUUAAUGAAUAAAAAAACACUAUCAUAGUGUAAACACCUUGUAACUGAGAAUUCUACUAGAAAAAUACAUACAUAAAGUCGAUGCUUGUCAAAAACCAUUACUUU